AUGAAACGAUGCAAAAGAAACAGCGGUGAUGAAAGAAAGAAUGAUGCAAGUGUUGUGAAAGAGGACAGGAUCAGUGAGUUGCCUGAAUCUUUGAUUCUGAAGAUAUUGUGCCAACUUCCUAUACAACAGGCAGUAGCCACAAGUGUUUUGUGUAAACAGUGGCAAUCUGUUUGGAAGAUGAUCCCUAAACUCAAGUUCGAUUAUUUCCCUAUCAAACAUCAACUCGGGAACGUUUGCAAGUUUUUGCUUUCACAUAAGGCUCCAGUUCUACAAAGUUUUCAACUCAAAGUUGAUUAUAUAGAUAGACAUAAUGUAGUGGAUAUUGUAAUCUUGAUUGGGAUUGCACUCACCCGCAAUGUCCGUAAGUUGGUACUCGAAGUUAGCGGUCCCGCCGAAGUGUUGAUCACAUUUCCGACAAGCUUGUAUAACGGUGAAACACUUGAGACUUUGACACUCAGGAGAUGGGUCCUCCAUUUCCCUUCUCAGUUUUGUCUCAAGUCUCUUAAAAAUCUGCAUCUAGACUACGUGAACUACAAAGACAAUGAAACGUUUCUCAACCUUUUAUCUGGUUGCCCUAAUCUUGAGACUUUGAAAAUCUUGUCUCGAAUUACAAAUAGUAGCGACUGUUUCUUUAUUGCAGUGCCUUCCUUACAGAGACUAUCAAUUGAUAAUGACCUCUACCCCCCCUGCAGCUAUGCGAUAAAUACUCCUUCUUUAAAGUACCUGAAGAUUAGUGGUUCUAUAGCUCUGGAGUCUUGUCUAAUUGAGAACGUACCAGAGUUGGUUGAGGCAGAUAUCGAUAUUGAGGUCUCUAAUCAUAUAACCAUAAUCAGUGAGAAUCUAUUGGGACCUCUCACUUCAGUGAGACGUCUUACCUUGGCUUUAUCAUCCUUGAAGAUUGAGUUUCCUAUCAGUGUCAUCUUCUACCAGCUGGUAUAUUUGGAGCUGUAUACAGAUAGAGAAGCCUGGGGGAAUCUACUUAUCCACAUGCUUGGCUGUUCUCCUAAAUUGCAAGUCCUCAAGCUCAACGGUGGUUGCAAUGAAGCUCUGGAUCCUGGAGAAUGGAAUCAACCAAAGAAUAUUCCUGAAUGCUUGUUGCUUCAUCUAGAGACAUUCACGUGGAAAGGCUACAAAUGGCAACGAAAAAAGGAGAGGAAAGUGGCGAAAUACAUUCUGAAAAGCUCAAAUCAUUUGAAGAGAGCUACUUUCUUAUCCUCAAAACGCAUUUGUUCUACAGAUAGGCGUAUGAUGGUCAAGUAUAUGAAAAGUCUUGUCAAGGACAAGUUCAUGCCAGUUUCAAUUCAAAUGAAACAUUUAGGUUAA